AUGAACCAGACGUCGAAGACUUUGCAGAAGUUUUUGCGUGAGGUGAAAAUUCUGGCGCUGCUGGACCAAGCUAACAUCGUUCGGUACUAUCAGGCAUGGAUGGAAAAGGUUGAGGAGAGCACAAAUGGAACGUCGGUAGCAUCGUCAGUUGCCUCCGACACGAGCUCAGUCGGUGGACUCGCAGCCGCGGCAAAUUACUCAACAAAUAAUCUUCUCGCACCGAUCUCAGAGAUUGAGUUUCCAGGCGACCAACGCGACCUCGAGAGCUUCUACAGCAAUGAAGGCGUGAUCAGUGACAAUGCCUAUGAUGGUGGGUUUGUCUGGGAACGUGAGACGUCUAGGAUGGAAGGUGAGGAUGGCUGGAAAGAAGAAGAUCCGGUCGAGCAAAACAAGCCACGCAUGAGCCAUGUAACGGGGUGA